AUGAACGCCUCGAGUCGAGCGAUACUGACUUUAUCCGGUGCCAUCUUCUUCAAGCCGGUCAAAGUUGUGUCGUCCAUGGGCGAACAAUCGAAGAGCUUUUCCUUGAACCAUCUUGUGGAUACAUCAUUCGCAGGAUCGGCCAUGCGUACGACAGAAGGGGUUUGGAUGUCAGUAACUCCGACUAAAGAUGCUCUUAUUGUUGCUUUGGAUUUUGAAGGUGUUCAUAGUAUUGAGCGUUCUGCUCAAGAAGAUACAUUGCUCGUGCUAUUCAAUACUGCGAUCUCUAACUUGGUGCUAUUCCGGAACAACUUCGCCCUGAGCCGAGACAUCACAGGCUUAUUCCAGUCGUUCCAAUCAAGCUCGACCGUCCUUGACCCAGCAUCUAUCUCAGCGGCUUUAAAGCAAACUGACCAUGAGCAUAUGUCAAGGUUUCAAACCUGCACGGUCCAAGAGAAACAGAUUUUAGCUCUGGUGAUCACUUGA